CAAAACCAAAUAGGAAGCUGACAUUCCUGUACUUGGCCAAUGAUGUCAUACAGAACAGCAAAAGGAAAGGACCAGAAUUUACAAAAGACUUUGCUCCAGUAAUAGUGGAGGCUUUUAAGCAUGUUUCAAGUGAGUCUGAUGAGAGUUGUAAGAAACACCUGGGCCGUGUGCUCUCUAUCUGGGAAGAAAGGUCUGUUUAUGAAAAUGAUGUAUUAGAACAACUUAGGCAAGCUUUGUAUGGAGACAGAAAGGUGAGGAAACGCACAUAUGAACAGAUAAAAGUUGAUGAAAAUAACUGUUCACCUCGAAGUUCUCCCACUGACCCUCCACAGACCACAGAUCUCAUUAGAGCAUUACAAGAACUAGAAAAUGCUGCCUCUGGGGAUGCAGCAGUUCAUCAGAGAAUAGCUUCUUUGCCUAUAGAGGUCCAGGAUGUGUCCCUGUUAGACAGAAUAACAGAUAAGGAAUCUGGAGAGCAACUGUCCAAAAUGGUAGAUGAUGCAUGUAUGUUGCUGGCGGAUUACAAUGGCAGGUUGGCAGCUGAAAUAGAUGAUAGAAAACAGCUAACUCGAAUGUUGUCAGACUUUCUCCGAUGUCAAAAAGAAUUCCUUGCAGAGAAAGAACAUAAGCUGGAAGAGUACAAACGCAAGCUAGCCAGAGUGUCCCAAGUACGGAAAGAACUCAGGUCACGCAUCCAGAACCUGCCUGAUCUCUCUCGACUUCCCAACGUCACGGGCAGCCAUGUACACCUGCCGUUUGCAGGAGACAUCUACGGUGAUGACUGA